GAAAUGGAUAGUUUACCGUAUAGACAUCAAUUUACCGUACAAGCUUCAGACAAAGCGUAGGGUAAAAAUAAUAUUUUUUGUGCAAGAUCGAUCACUUAAUUGCCUGGUGAACAAAAAAAAAAUAACAUAAAAGAUUUUCUAUUCAAGAAUUGAUUAAGUUUAGUCAUUUAUUGACUGUGGUAUUAGUUUAUAGUUUUAAUCUCAAAAGAUAGAGAUUUUAUACUUGUAUAAAUUUCUGUUGCCGAUACAACUUUGUAUUUUUAGUAGAAUUUUAUUACAGUUAUACAAAAAAAUAUCACAUCAGAAUGAGUACAGCGAUAGAAAAUGGAAGUAAUGAUAAUUCAGCAAAGAAAAAAACUAUUGAAGGCAUAUAUCAAAAAAAAUCUCAAUUAGAACAUAUUUUAUUGCGUCCUGAUACUUAUAUUGGUUCUGUUGAACCAGUAACAGAAAUUAUGUGGAUUUAUGACAAAGAAAAAGAAUCAAUGACACAAAAAGAAAUAAAAUAUGUUCCUGGAUUAUAUAAAAUAUUUGAUGAAAUUUUAGUAAAUGCAGCAGAUAAUAAACAAAGAGAUCCUAAAAUGGAUACAAUUAAAAUUGAAAUUAAUGCAGAAAAUAACAUUAUAUCUGUAUGGAACAAUGGUAAAGGCAUUCCAGUGGUAAUUCAUAAAGAAGAAAAUAUGUAUGUUCCUACAAUGAUAUUUGGUCAUUUGUUAACCUCGUCUAAUUAUGAUGAUGAAGAAGAAAAAGUAACAGGUGGCAGAAAUGGCUAUGGUGCCAAAUUGUGUAAUAUUUUCAGUCAUCGUUUUACCGUGGAAACUGCAUCUAAGGAAUACAAAAAAUGUUUAAAACAAACAUGGAGUAAUAACAUGGGAAGUGCAAGUGAACCUAGAAUUAAAGAUUUUUCUGGUGAAGAUUUUACAAAAGUUAUAUUUUCACCAGAUUUAUCAAAAUUUAAAAUGCAAUCUUUAGACGAUGACAUAAUUGCUCUUAUGUCUAGAAGAGCUUAUGAUAUAGCAGCUUCUACAAGAGGUGUUAAAGUUUUUUUGAAUGGUACAAAGAUUCCUGUCAAAAAUUUCAAGGAUUAUGUUGAUUUUUAUAUUAAGGGUAGAGAAGAUGAUGUUGGUAAUCCAUUAAAAGUUGUAUAUGAAAAUUGUGGACCUCGUUGGGAAGUAGCUAUUACUUUAUCUGAUAAAGGUUUCCAACAGAUGUCUUUUGUAAACAGUAUUGCAACAACAAAGGGUGGACGUCACGUGGACCAUGUUACAGAAUUAAUAGUAAAACAAUUGACAGAAACAUUGAAAAAGAAAAAUAAAGCUGGAGUAACGAUUAAACCAUUUCAAAUAAAAAAUCAUUUAUGGAUUUUUAUUAAUUGUCUUAUUAAUAAUCCCACAUUUGAUUCACAAACUAAGGAGAAUAUGACAUUACAACCUAAAAGUUUUGGAUCAAAAUGCACACUUAGUGAAAAAUUUAUUACAUCUGUAACGAAAAUUGGAAUUGUAGAAGCAGUUUUAACAUGGGCAAAAUUUAAAGCCGAUAGUCAAUUACAGAAGUUGGGACCCAAAUCAAAACAAAGAAAAUUGCAAGGUAUACCAAAAUUGGAGGAUGCUAAUGAUGCUGGAACUAAUAAAUCAUUAGAAUGUACACUUAUAUUAACAGAAGGAGAUUCAGCUAAAACUAUGGCUGUAUCUGGGCUUGCGGCAAUAGGUAGAGACAAAUAUGGUAUAUUUCCUUUAAGAGGUAAAAUUUUAAAUGUAAGAGAGGCAACACAUAAACAAAUUUUAGAAAAUGCAGAAAUUAAUAAUUUAAUAAAAAUUCUUGGUCUUCAAUAUAAGAAGAAAUACGAAACUCGAGAAGAUCUAAAAACAUUACGUUAUGGAAAAAUGAUGAUAAUGACUGAUCAAGAUCAGGAUGGUUCUCAUAUUAAAGGCUUGUUGAUCAAUUUUAUUCAUCAUAAUUGGCCAUCAUUAUUGAAAUUAAAUUUCGUAGAAGAAUUCAUUACGCCUAUUGUUAAAGCUACAAAAGGAAAUCAAGUAUUAAGUUUUUUUUCAAUGCCAGAAUUCAAUAAAUGGAAGUCGGAAACAGAAAAUUUUCAUACUUAUAAAAUCAAAUAUUACAAAGGUUUGGGUACUUCCACUGCCAAAGAAGCAAAAGAAUAUUUUGAAAAUAUGACUAGACAUAGAAUUCGAUUUAGAUAUGAUGGAGAUCAAGAUGAUCAGAAUAUUAUCAUGGCUUUUAGUAAAAAAUGUGUUGAUCAACGAAAGGAUUGGUUAAUGAACCAUAUGGAUGAAACAAAGAGAAGAAAAGAAAUUGGUCUUGGAGAACGUUAUUUAUACGAAAAGGAUACACGUACUGUAUCUUUCUCUGAUUUUAUUAAUGUAGAAUUAGUCUUAUAUAGCAAUUAUGACAAUGUUCGAUCCAUACCUAAUAUGAUCGAUGGUUUUAAACCUGGACAAAGAAAAGUAUUAUACACAUGUUUAAAACGUAAUGAUAAGCGCGAAGUAAAAGUUGCACAAUUGGCUGGUUCUGUAGCUGAACAUUCAGCAUAUCACCAUGGAGAAGUUUCUCUUAUGUCAACUAUUAUUAAUCUUGCACAAAAUUUCGUAGGAAGUAAUAAUAUAAACUUACUUCAACCAAUUGGUCAAUUUGGUACAAGACUUGCAGGAGGAAAAGAUGCAGCAAGUCCUCGAUAUAUUUUUACCAUGCUUAGUCCAUUAGCAAGAUAUAUAUUUCACAAACAUGACGAUGCUUUAUUAAAACAUGAAUAUGAUGAUAAUCAAAAAAUCGAACCUGUUUUUUAUAUACCGACUAUACCAAUGGUAUUAGUGAAUGGUGCUGAUGGUAUUGGUACUGGAUGGAUGACAAAGAUACCAAAUUAUAAUCCUAGAGAAAUAAUUGAAAACUUAUAUAGAAUGAUGGAUGGUGCUGAUCCAAAACCUAUGGUACCAUAUUAUAAAAACUUUAAAGGUGUCAUAGAGAGUUGUGGAGAUUUUAGAUACAUUAUUAAUGGCGAAAUUUCAGUAAUAGGACCAGAUAAAGUUGAAAUUACUGAACUUCCAAUUGGCACUUGGACUCAAACAUAUAAAGAAACAGUAUUAGAACCAAUGUUACAUGGAACUGAUAAAACCCCUGCUACUAUUACAGAUUAUAAGGAGUAUAAUACAGAUACAGCAGUUCAUUUUAUAAUAAUGUUAAAUCGUGAUAAGUUAUUAGAGUUAGAAAGAGAUGGUCUUCACAAAGCAUUUAAAUUACAAACAACAAUGACGGUUACAUCUAUGUGUGCAUUUGAUGAGAAUCAAUGUCUUCAAAAAUAUGAUAGUGUUCUUCAAAUUUUAAGAGGUUUUUACAAAGUCAGAUUAGAAAUGUAUCACAAAAGAAAAGAAUAUUUAGAAGGAAUUCUACAAGCAGAAGCGUCUAAACUUUCAAAUCAAGCACGAUUUAUUGUAGAAAAAUGCGAUGGUACAAUAGUAAUAGAAAAUAAGAAAAGAAAAGAUAUGAUUGCAGAAUUAAUUAGGCGAGAAUAUGAAUCUGAUCCAGUUCUGGCUUGGAAAUUAUCACAAAACAGAGAAGAAGUUUUAGAAGAAGUAGCUGAGAAUGUUGACGAUGAAACAGUAUCGUCUACUGCUAUUACAAAAGAGAAUUUUGAUUAUCUAUUAGGAAUGACAUUGUGGUCUUUAACAAAAGAAAAAAAAGAUGAGUUAUUACGUCAAAAAGACGAUAAAUUAGCAGAAUUAAAAAGAUUACAAGCUCGUACACCUAUUUCUUUAUGGAAAGAAGAUUUAGAUAACUUGUUGAAUGAAUUAAACAGAUUAGAAGAAAAAGAACGAAAGGAAGAACAAAAAUCAAAACAGUGUAUUAAGAAACCACCAUCCAAAUAUUAUACUUCCGAUGAUAUUCGUCGAAUAAUACCUAUAAUUGAUACUGAAUUAAAAAGAAAAAUUGAAAAAGCAGAUAUUGUAUCUAAAGAUAAAAAAGAAGGCAUAAAAAAACAGAGGGUAAAGAAAGAACCAGUGGAAGAUAAAGAUGAGUUUGAUGUAUUAAUUGAAGCUAAUGCCAAAUCUUUAGAUGAUAGAUUGGGCAAUUCUCCAGAAAAGAUAGAAAAAAAAGCUGCUGGUAGAAAAAGACUAAAACAGACAACAUUACCAUUUAAAUCAAAAGUAAAAAAAGAAAAAGAUGAUAAAAAAAAAGAUAAAGAUUCGGAUAGUAAUGAUGAUAUUGAUUUUGGUAGCAUUUCUCCUCCUCCAGCUCCUCGUGCAUCCCGUAGAACAGCAGCUAAAAAGAAUUACAAUUUUAGUAGUGAAGAAUCUUCUUCUAGUGAUGAAGUUGUUAGUAUUUCUUCAGAUAUUGAGCAAAAAACGAAACCUGUUACAAUCGUCAAUAGUGAUUCUGAUGAUACUUAUAAAAUACAUAAAAAACCUAGUUCGGAGGAACUUUUUGACUCUUUAAUCGGUAGCUCUCCAGAAAAACAACCAAAAGCUAUUGUAGCAUUUAGUGAAGAAUCGUCUUCAACAAUCUCACCUCAGACGAAAGCUCCCGCUAAAAAGAAAACUGAAAAUGGAGGGAAAGGAAUGAAAAGACAGAUUAAGAAAAAAGUUAUUUCUUCCGAUUCAGAUUCAGAAGAAAUGUUUUCAAGUAAACAAACUCCUGUAAAAAAAAGAAAGAAGAAGUCCGAAUCAGAGGAAGACAGUAUUGUUAAUGUAGUAGAAAGUUCUCCAUUACCACCUCGUAAAACUGCCGGUCGUGCUCGUAAACCUGUUUCGUAUGCUGUUCAAUCAGAUGAUGAUGAGGAUUCCAAUUGAUCGAUUUUGUAUAAUAUUUUAAAAAUAUAAACAAAUAAAUGGCACGUGUUUCACGAAAUAUAAAUUCUAAAAACACGGUCUUAAGUUAAAGACCUAAAUCUGGAUAAUAACAAAUUUUGUGAUCACAUUUGAUAUAAUAAUAAUUUUAACUCUUUGCACUCGAAAAGCGAUUUUUACUGGUCAUUCAAAAUUAACAUACAAAACCGAAUGGUGAUUUGAAUAAAGAAAAUUAACAAAUAUGUCGCAAUGUAACAAAUUAGUUAUUCGACAUUUAAAUUAUAACAAUUAAUGACUUUUUAAAACUAAUAUUCUUUAAGUUUAAUAUUCUUAAGUAAAACUAUGAAUAUCUAUUCAAAUUCAUACACUUUUUUUAAUUUUUAAAAUCAAUACUGUUCAUUUUUUUCUUUUCAUUUUAUUUUUCAUUUUCUUUUAUUAAUCAUUUUCUAAUUAUUCAUGGGUUAAAGAUCUCUGGGUUAAAAGACCCAUUAUUCAAUGUAAAAGAACUAAAUUAAGAAACUUUUCUUUUCACAUAGAAUCAUAACAUAUCUUCAACAUUUAUGAAAAAAUUAAAAUUAUAUUGAAAUAAAACAAUUAUAUAUGUAUAUUUUAAUUUUAAUUUUAUAUAAGAUAUUAAUAUAUAUAUUAAUAUAUAUAUAUAUAUAGUUUUUUUAAUUUUUACAUAUUAGUUUUAAAAAAGAAAGAAAAAGAUAAUUUAAUCUUUAUAGUAUAAUCAUGCUUUGAAAGAUUAGUUUUUUAUAACAAAAAAAAUGUUUGUAAUACAAAUGAGUGCAAAGAGUUAACAAAUUUUGCCUUGAUCUUCAUCAGGGCAUUAGUAAUUUUAUAUAAUAUUGUACAUAUAUGUACUAGAAUAUAUGAAUUAGACUAUUUUGAAAGAAAUCAAAUUUUACAAUAAUAAUUAAAUAAUUUGCAUAAUAUUGCAAUAUAAAAAUAUUUGAGUUAUAGUAUAUAUAUAAAUAUAUAUAUAAAUAUUAUAUAAUAUAUAUAAUAUUUAUAUAUAUUUAAAUAUUUAAAUUAUAUUGAAAAUUAAAAAUAUCUGUUAAUUUUUCAUGUUAAUUUGCUAGAAAAAUAUUUAAAUAUUCAUUAUUUUGUAAAAAAAAAAAAAACAAAAAGAAAAAAUUAAUGUGACAUUUUUGCACACAACAUAAUACUAGCUUCUUAAAUUUGUUUAUAUUAUUGAAAAUCAAUCAAAUGUAUAAUAUCUUAUGAAAAUUUAAUAGCAAUUAAAAAAAUUUUUGUUAUUGUAAUGAAAAAUGUGUAAAAUGAAAAGCUCACUUCAUUUUCAUAAAAUACUUAUUAAAUAUAUUAAACAUAUUAACUAAUGAUAAUUAUUAAUAGUAUUGAUAUUGAAUGAACAAUAUAAUUGAUGUUCUACAUACGUUUAAUAACUAAAAAUUGUAUAGAUUUAUAAAAAUGUGAUUGUAACGAAAUUUUUGUAUUUAUAAUGAAUAGAAUAUUAAUUUAAAUAUUAAGUCGCGUUAUAUUAACUUAAAGUUAUUUUUAUUUAUUUUUUUUCUCUAGAUAAUAGAAUAAUUUUAUAAUAAAAUGUAUUCUUUACAGACUGACAUAUCAUUAAUAAAUAAUGUACUUAUCGUAA